AUGUGUGAUAAACAUUCCUAUUACUGGAUAUCAUGUACACAGCUCUGUAAUCCUGUUACUGGGGAACAUAGAGUUAUAGCGGCCACCAACAUUAUUGGCUGCACACUACGCUCUUCCAGUGAAGCUAAAAUAAAAUGUAAAGUCAGUAAUCCAGAACCCAAACCAGUAACCAAGAAUAAACACAUACUCAAACAACACCAAAGGGCUGUGGAAGAUGAACUUCUGCUGCUAGAGGGAAUGAGGUUGUUUUCCUGGAGUGGUCCCAGUAACCCUCUAGACUCAUCAGACGAUAGAAGAGAUAUCUCCAGGGGGUUCUUCUACCUGGUCCCUUGUCUUCAUCUUGUAGAUAAAUAUCAGCAGAUCUACAUACAGGAGAACAACAGGACGGAGGUCACAGAGUUCCUUCUCUUAGGAUUUCAGGUCAGUCGAGGUUUAAGACUUUUCCUGUUCUGUCUGUUCCUUGUGGUUUAUUGUCUGAUAAUAUGUGGGAAUCUCCUGAUCAUCACCCUGGUGUCCACCAGCAAGAACCUCCACACCCCAAUGUACUUCUUCAUCUCACAUCUGUCCAUCAGUGACAUCUUGGUGAGCUCAGAUAUUGUCCCCAACCUUCUCCACAUCCUACUGAAUAAUGGGGCGACCAUGACUUUUAUUGGUUGUAUGACUCAGUUUUAUCUCUUAAGCACCUCAGAAGCAUCUGAAUGUCUUCUCCUCGCUGUGAUGUCUUAUGACAGAUAUGUGGCCAUCUGUAAUCCUCUCCGUUACUCCUCUAUCAUGACAAGUGGACAUUGUGUUAUACUGACCAUCAUCUCUUGGUUCAUUGGAUUUUCUGUUACUUCUAUUUACACCAUAACAAUAGCAAAGCUAAACUUCUGUGGUCCCAAUGUCAUUGACCAUAUAUUCUGUGACCUUGUUCCCUUACUAGAACUUUCCUGUUCUGAAACAUUUAUAAUUCACUUGGAGCUUUAUUUUACAGGCAUUCCACUUGUCUUCAUCCCAACCACCAUCAUUGUACUGUCUUAUGCUUAUAUAGUUUUAGUAAUCCUAAGAAUCCCAUCCAAUACUGGUAGACAGAAAGCCUUCUCCACCUGUAGCUCCCACCUCAUUGUGGUCUCCAUAUUCUAUGGGACUAUAUUCAGUGUUUAUAUUGUCCCAACAAAAGGCCGAACACUGACCAUGAGUAAAAUCCUCUCCCUGCUAUAUACUGUGUUUACUCCUUUGCUCAAUCCCAUUAUAUACAGUCUGAGGAAUGAAGAUAUUAAAAAAGCCGUACAGGAAACGAGUUAUGUGGUAAAUCGUCUCCGAUAA